ACCCCUGCUCAGCUGCGGUGGAGGACAUCUUCCUCUCUGCCUUCUCCAGCUCCUGGGACACAGGGACCUGGGGCAGUGGUGUCUGAGGAUGGUUACGUCUUCUCAGGAUUUCUCCAAAUGUCAUGGGGGAGGGAAGGGAAGCAAAAAAAGGGAGCUUUGUCAAUGGUCUGUAACAGUGGAACGGGAAAAUGUACAGAAGAGGACCUUUACCAGAUGGAUAAACCUACAUUUGGGAAAGUGCAAGCCUCCUCUGAAGGUGAAAGACUUGUUUGUUGAUAUACAAGAUGGCAAAAUCUUGAUGGCACUACUGGAAGUCCUGUCAGGACAAAAGCUGAUGCAUGAAUACAAAUCUUCAAGCCAUCGCAUUUUUCGUUUGAACAACAUAGCCAAAGCACUGAAGUUCUUGGAGGAUAGUAAUGUAAAGCUUGUUAGUAUUGAUGCAGCAGAAAUAGCAGAUGGAAAUUCCUCUCUGGUUCUUGGACUAAUAUGGAAUAUAAUCUUGUUUUUUCAGAUUAAGGAGCUGACAGGCAACCUCAACAGGAACUCCUCCUCCUCCAGCCUGUCCUCUGGGCCCAGUGGUCCAGAGUCAGACACAUCCCACCCCAGCACUCCUAGCGUGGAGAGAAACAUGUUCAUUACAGUGAAGGAUCAGCGGAAAGCCAUCAGAGCCCUUUUAAUCUGGGUACAGAGGAAAACCAGAAAGUAUGGUGUUGCAGUUCAGGACUUUACAAGCAGUUGGAGGAGUGGUCUUGCUUUCUUAGCUGUCAUAAAAGCAAUAGACUGUACUUUGGUAGACAUGAAGCAAGCACUGGAGAAAUCAGCUCGAGAAAACCUGGAGGAUGCUUUCAUCAUAGCACAAAACAAGCUGGGUGUUCCUCGGCUCCUAGAACCAGAAGAUAUUAUGGUGGAAUCACCCGAUGAACAGUCAGUUGUGACGUAUGUGGCGCAGUUUCUGGAACACCUCCCGGAGCUGGAAGCGGAGGACUUUACAGAUCCUGACAAGGAGCUUCCAAUUGAGUCCACAUAUGUUCACAUCAAAGACACACUAUCAGAAAAAGAAAGUAAAAUCUUGAUUUUAAGUGAAAGUGAAGAAAACAUGUAUACUGUUAAUCACGAAAGGAGUCAUCCUGCUCCUCCAAAGGUUCAUAUUCAUGAUACCUCUGAGAGAAUCCUGUCAGAAACUGUUUCUGAAAAAUGCAAUGGGAAAUUGAAUCACAUGUCAGGUGAUUCCCAGGAAACGUUUGAAGAGGAGCCUCAGAGGCCUACCUCACUGAAAAUUGCAGGAUCUGUCAGUUUAGAAUCCAGUUCCUCUUGGGAGGUUCUAAGUGACAAAUUCACACCAGGUGAAGGAGGCAUGUCUGAUGAUCCACUGAAACAGAAUGAUGACCUUUCUCCAGCUGUUCUGACAGAUCAGAAAACUUCUGUUGACUCUUUCGAAGACUACUCUGAAGAAUUAACUGAAGAAACCUCUACUGAAUAUGACAAUGAAACUAAGAGCCUUUCAGCCAAUACUUCUUUAAGUCCAUUAUCUUCGACUUCAGGUAUACUUACAGAUGAAUCUAUAAAUAAGAUAGAAGAAAGCAAACCCCAGACUUCUGUUCUUUUACCAAAAGAUACCUCAAAACAAGAAGAUACACGUAAGUAUGUUCUUCAUCUUCUAAAUGAGGAAAUACUGAAUAUUCCACAAAAUGAGCAUACAGAGCAAUCACCUACCUUUGAGACGAUAGAAACUAACCAUUGUUCACUGAAUGGUUCUGACCUCAAAAGCCAAGAAUUAUCUACACAGCAUGAAACAUCUGAUGACUCUCUCUCAGAUGUACCUAAAAGUCCAGAGGAUCUGGACAGCUGUGAUGAAGUUGAGUCUUCAGCUGAAGUGCUGCCAAGUUCUUCGAAAGUAUCUGUAAUACCCCAUGAUCUCUUUUAUUAUCCACAUUACAAUGUUCCCAUAUCAGCAGUUUUGAACGCUUACCUUGAGCCCUGUAUUGAAGAUUAUGAUGCUGGAAAUGAUAAAGCUUCUUCUGAAACAGUAAGAGAUGUUUUACACAAGAAGGUCUUACCAGAAGAGGACCACAAGGAAGAUGCUCCAGAGACAGACUUAGGGAAUAAGCCAGAUGUCCCUUCAUCCGAAACAGAAAGUGAGAAUGGCAAGGAGGAAACAACAGAUAUUAACAGUCACGUGAAUUCUUCCAGUGAAAAGGGAGUGCCAUUACUAGUAGAAGAGUUAGAAACUGAAGAAGAUGGCAAAAAGGUCACCAACCAUCGAGAUUCCACUAUUCUACAGCAUCCUGAGGACAUAGUAGAAUAUGUAGAGGAUUUAUCAAUAGACAUAAAGAGAUCAGAAGAAAGGAGUAAUGGGGAGGAAGAAGAGGAAGACAUGAUAGAAGAAGAAGACUUGCAAAUCUCAGAAGCUUCCACAACUAUUCUGUCACAAGAUAAACUGGAAGAAAUUGCUGUUUGUCAGGAAUUGACCAGAACCAGUGAUGGUGAUUCCAACAUUUAUCUCCGAAAAAGAUCUCCGAAUACUUCUGAGGAGGAAACCUAUGGUGUAAACGAGCAGAAGAUGACAGGUAUUAGUGAAGAUCCAUUGAUCAUCAGGAAGAAAAAGGACUUGGAAGCAAGUGAGACUCCAGCACCAACUCAUGAAAUUACAAUUGUUGAGCAGCCAGAGCUAUUCUACUUCAUCAUUUUCUUCUGGGUGCUGGCCUACUGCCUUUUACUCCUUCCACAGCUUCUUAGCAACAAAGUUUGAGCUCUAUGAUGUGUGAAAAAGUAAUAGAUGGUGUCUGGAUUGCUUUGUGUAUCUGCAUAUGAAUAUGUUCCUUCGGGUGAAGCACAAACAGAAAUGUAGGACCUGGUAUUUGUGUUUAUUAUCAGGCUGUCCUCAACUCCUCUACUGUUGUGCUAUGACAGUGUCUUGGCACAUUUUAUAUUAUGAUAAUUGUGUAAAUAUAUAUAAAAAUUACCUGAUUUAGUAGAUGCAAUUUUGUACAUUUGUGCCUUGCUUUAUAAGAUGCUAAAUAAAACCAGAUAUUUAUCAGUAGAAAUAUAAACAGUUCAGAGCUCUAGUCUUCAAAAAUUGUUCUUCUGGCUUCAUUUGCUUAUGUAGGGCCUGACAGCUGUGGAAGAGGGGUAGUGUUGACUUGCCCAUGAAUCAGGCCACCUGAAUAGAAAUGUUUUAUCAUGUUUUCCGUGAAAUUCUUUGAGAGACCUAGAGGCAGAGCGGAGCUGCAGGUGGUGGAACACACCCCGAGAAUUGAUUACAAUUCCAGUGGCAAUCCAGUGGAGCAACAAAAUCAGGUUAAGGGUUUUAUUUGGGUAGGGGAGUUUGGGUUUUUAGGACUUAAAUUGAUUUUUAUUCUGCACCUUCUGUUAUGUUUAAUUUGCAGGAAUAAGUUGGGUGUAGAGAAGUGUGAAGAACAUACAUGCUACCUGCUUCUUAGGGAGGGAUCAUAUGGGAAAUCUUAGCCCAGAAACUUCUGUAGAGAACACCUGAAGAAAUAGAUGUUUUAUAUGUUACUGAUGGCCAUCUUUGGGAAGAUGUUCAAGAAGCUUAAUAAUAUAUCAGGAACAGAUACCAUGGGUUUUAGGGUUGUUUGUUUUUUUUUUUUGUUGUUGUUUUGGGGUUUUUGGUUUGGGUUCUUUUUUAUUUAAGCACCUCACUGCUUCUGGGGCUGCUUCUGCUUCCUUUUCUCUGCUGCUUUUAUUUACCAGAUAUGUGAAGACUUCUCUUUCUUGAUGAUACAAAAAAUAAUAGGUAACCUAAUUUGCUGAGGCUACUGUUAAGUCGCAAGUGCAUGGUAAAAGGAUCAGAAAUAUCCCUUGAGUGCUAAAGUCAAUAGAGAAAAAAAAAUACAUAUGUAAAACAAAAUAUGGAGAAAUGUUGACAGCCGGUAUUGACUUUCUAGUGCAAUUGAAUAGACUGCUAUGGCUUGUCCAUGGACACUGUUGAGCCACUUCUGCGUCUUGUAAUUUUUUCCACAUAAUGAUCACUUUAGGAUAAUUUGAUUUAGGAUUUUUACCAGAGAAGGUGUACCCAUGCAUUACAGGAUAAAAGAGAAGUUUUCAAAUUCAGUUUAAUAGCAGUAACUUUUCUCUGUGUGACUUACAGUGAAGUCAUAGUUUUGCAUCAGCACAUUUUUAGUUUCAUAGUAUGCUUUAUGAGACCACAUCGUGUUGCUGCUUCCCCCUGAAAAUUCAUUAGGUUAGUUGGACUGUGCUUCAUAAAAUGAGAGGCUUCAUAAUUUACACUGUGAGAAAUUUAGAACAUAUGCGUAGAAGUUUUACAUAUUUUGGUUUAGCAUAAGGUGCAUCUCUGCCCUGGCUUAGUUUUCAGCUAAAGUACCUGGGACUGGGACACAUCAGAUAUAUAGCAAUUUAUUUGCAGGUAUUUAAAACCUGUUUGUAGUUAUGUUACCUGCUGGGGUAAUCCUAACUGUCCAUCACACUUCAUUGUUCUUUAUAAGCUUUUUGUUUCCCUGGGAUUUUUCUUCCAAGUUAGAAUUCAGUAGCAGCAAUGCAUGGCAGGGGAUCUUGAACACUGAAGAUAAAAUUCUGAUCCUCUUUCAGUCAAUAUAAAACUGGGAUCUUUCCUAUUUUGCCCUGUCACUGUUGACUAGAGAUUAAAAAUCAGAUCUUUUGUGCUUGUUAAGGAAGAGAGCCAAACUUCCCAACUUAAUUCAGUGUAAAUCAACAUAAGUAAAAAAAAAAGUUUUUCAUUUUGCUGAUGAAAAUUUUCACUAUUUUGAGUAAUCUGAUUUUGUGAUGCAUGAACCUGUUUGUGCUUGUUGAAGACGACAGUGCUACUUUCUUCCAAAAGAAAACCUUACUAGAAUUUUUCAAGAUGCUUUCUUGAAGUAGGCUAAAAUAUAACAUUUGAAGGGCCAGUACUUUUUCUCUGAAAGAAUAAAACUUAAUACAAGAAACUUUAUAUCCUUAAUCUGAAAACCAGUGAACACCAGGCUGAGGUACAGCAGCUAUUUAAUAGCAGCAAGUAGCAAUGUAUGUUAGUUCAGAGCAAAAGCAUUGACAGCUCUUCAUUAUUUGCCACUCUUCAAAGGCUCAUUUCAUUUAUGACAAAUUUUUCUGAGCCUUUUUCUUCUUUCUGAGCCUCUCUGGUUCUUCCAUGUUUCUUAAUCUUCAGCAGAGAUUAUCUGGGGUUAGAUUACAGACUCUUCGUGGAACUUUACAGCUAUCAAAGUUAAUCAAGUAAGAUCCCUUCUGUCUUCUUCUUGCUAUGAAAAUGAAUCAGAAUGAAGAGGUCUUUGGCUGUCUCAUCUGAACAACUGUCAUCCGUAAAGAAUGAAAAAGCGAAUGGGAAUGCACUGAUGCUGGCAAUUUCAUUACACCGUAUUUUCUUCCAAGAGGGAGAAACAACAAGGUUUUCUUUCUUACCUCCCACUGAUGAACAGUGACUGAAACAGCAAAAUGAGCAGUUUAAAUGUCAAACAGCAUCCAGCAAUUGUCUUGAUCAUCAUCUCCCAAUAUUUAAACUCAUGUACGCUUUCCAGCCUAUCCCAUUAAGAAAUGGAGAUUGUUUCUUCCAUACAAAAUAGAUCAAAAAAGUACUAAAUUGGUCCACAAUUUGGACUGAAAGUUGCUUUCCAUAUUUGGGGUUGUUUGUGGUUUUGCUAUAACAGAGGCAGUGGACCUCACUCAGCUCUCCCAUAGGUAAGGAUAUCCAGGGUAAAGAGUUAAGAUUGAUUAUACUGGUAUGCUCAACUGUGCAUAAGAAGAGACUGUACUCUUCAUGAGUUUUGCCAUUACUUUGCACUGCAAAAAUGGCAUCUGCGUAAACAGCAGCUUCCCCCACUUACAUUGACUUGUAAGCCUGCAUUUCUUCCACAGUGCAAGAUCCAGGCCCUGUGUAAGUGCCCUAUUCUGAAAACAUUUCUUGUUGUCAAACUUUGUGUCCUAUUCUGAGCUAACAGUCUAAAAGCCUGAUUGUUAAGCAUUCACUACGGCAAAGCCUAUUUUAACUUGCUGGCUAGAGGACUGGCUUGAAGUAGUGCAGGUUUUAAAGACUGGUGGAUGAACCAUCAUCAAUCCAUUUUCCAUAACAUACAUUUGAAUAAGGAAGUUUUUCCUGUAUUUUUGUCUGGGUUUUUGGAAAAUGCUGAACUUGAACUGACUGCAUUUGGUAUUUUGAUUUAGCAUCAAAUUCAGAUACACAAGGGUACUGAUCUGUUACAACUGUUUCUAAAAUCCAUUGUUGUUGAAGAAAUGUGUGGGUAGCAGAGUAUUGUGAAGUGUGUCAGGAAGUGCUUGAGGAUCACUGGAUAAAGAAUUGUGUUCACAGAAGUGCCAUUAAAGACUGAGACAACUAUGCUGGAUGGUUCAAUGUUAUUGUAGUCAUGUAACUUAACUGCAAAAUGUCUCAUUGUGAUUUUAUUGGAAGUGCAAGGAAAAUAUGCUAUUGAAGACAGAACCCUGCUAAAAAUUAUGGGACAGAUGUCUUAGAGUUCAAGAAAUAAUUUAAACAGUCACAUAAUCUACAAAAAAUUGAACACAGCCUUUGCCAAAUUUUAGGAAAUGAUCAGUGCAAAGAUAGGGCAAGCACAGAUUACAGUAAAAAAUGACAAUCACUUUUCCAUGCCAUGAAUAUUUUUGAUGGUUGAGCUCUAAAAUGUAUUUUUAUUGAGUUUCUAGAUUGUAAUGAAUGUGUCUACAGAAUUUUAUGCAAAGCUUGGGAGUUCAGCUGUUUAAAAAUGAUUUUUUAUAUGACUGAUUAUUUUAUCUAUAUAUUUAAUAGUAAUGUAAAACCAUUUUAAGAGUAACUAUAAAAUUCUGUGUAUGUGAUAUGAUUAUUUAUUAAUUACAACUUGUGAGAAUGAACAUUAAGCUAUGCAUCGAUUGUGUCAUCCAUUUGAAAACUGGAACUGCAAAUAGUAGAAGAGUUUCUAAUGAACAGUAACUUGAAAAAUGUGGGAAAUGAUUGAAUAUGAUUGUGUGAUUCUUAAAGCUGCAUAGCAAUAUGUUAUUUUGUGAUACUAAGCUUUCAGCUACAGUUGCAAAGUAUACUGAGUGAUUAAGCUACUUUCUUCCAUUAAAACUUCCUGAGGCUGAAAUUUGUA